AAAACAAAUUAAAGAAAACUAGAAAGAAAGAAAACAAAUAAAACGGUAGAGAUAUCAGAUACCAAUCUAUUUUUAUAGAGAUGGACAAUCGAGAAAAGACAGAUCAAAUAAGCAGAGAAGAGUUUCUUAAGAAGAUAAUGGAAUCAUUGGGACCAGACGGUGUCGCUUCAAGAACUCUCCUCGUUGGUGAAGCUGGUAUAGGGAAGACAUGGCUUGCAAAAGAAGUCAGCAAACGUGUUAUCCGAGAAAGGUCUUCUAGGUACAAUGUCCUCUGGUUACAUCUGAACAAAAGGAUUGAAGACGUGAAGUCCCUUUACGAGAAUCUAGCUGCUCAGUUAUCAAUAAUCUACGAGUUUGAAGAAGGCGAAGAACCUGAUGAGCUUGAUUAUUCGUUGGAGAGCUUACAAGAGAAGGUUACACAAGUGAUUAGCAAUAACAAGAAGAAGAAUCUUCUAUUGAUUUUGGAUGAUGAAGGAAGUAUGACAACUGAAAACCAUGUAAUGGAAGACCUAAAUCUCCGGGAGUUUCUUAAUGAACACUCAACUCUUAAGCUUCUAAUCACAAGAAGAGACGAAAGAGAGGAGAAAGAAUCGAUAACGAUCAAAGUCACUCCGCUUACCGAAGACGAGUCACGGAACUUACUCCGCGGUUCUCAGGACUUACUUAAGUCAUUUACCAUUGAAGAUUGGCCGGAUCAUCGAGAGAUCAACGAACCUACUUUGAUCUCUUGCUUAUUGAGCAAGAGCAAAGGCUUACCAGCUGCGAUCAUUGUCUUAACCAAGUCCUUAGACAACAUCAAGUCAUUUUCUGCGAAACAUAGAAAGAUCUUUACAGAACUGAUUCUAUCUCCCGAGUCAUUAGAUGCAGCUGCUGCUUCCAAGAACGCUAUAGACCGUAGCCUCUACAAUCCCGUUUUGCGAUUAAGUUACGAGCUGUUAAAGCUUGAGGAGACGAGCACACGUCCAGUCAUUGCUUGCUUUUGGCACAUCUUGGACUUCUACAAGUACUCUGGAUGCGCUUACUACCGCGACCUAAUCGUACACUGGAUGCUUGAAGGGUAUUUUGAUCCAGUUAAGUCGGUUGAAAAAGCUUACCAGGAAGGACAUUCCAUUUUGAUGGAGUUUAUGAAUAGAGGAAUCUUGAAGAUACAAGAAGACAACAUGGUGGUUCCAGAGUUUUCAAUGAGCAAUCUAUUAGAUCUUCAAGAUUGUGGAUUCUUUGGAAGAUCUUGCCUUGGAUUUGACAGAGUUUACGGAGGAGACAAGAGAAAAGGUCUUGGAAAAAUCAUCUUAAUCGAUGAUAUGAUACAAACAAUUCAAUCUAAGCACAAGAAGAUCACGACGAUUAUCGCUAGCGGAAACCGUUUACGUAGAGAAGUUUCUGGAAAGUUCUUUGAGAGACCAGAGAUGCAAGAUCUGGAAGUUGUUGUACUCUUUGAGCCAACGUUCCAAGAUCUUGUUUUGUCUUUAUCUAAGCUUAAACUACGAGUACUCGUGAUCAGGGAUUGCGAUCUUAUCCAAAAUAUCGAUGAGCUUACGGGUCUUAAAGGCCUACAUGUUCUUGAAGUCUCUGGUGCAAGUUCUCUAGAUAGUAUUCCUGAUGAUUUCUUCAAUGAAAUGAGUCAGCUUCAAAGUCUUAACCUUUCAGGACUUGCUAUCAAAUCUUCUCCUUCCACAAUCGAAAACCUAAACAUGCUCCGUUGCUUCAUCCUAAGAGACUGCUCUGAACUACAAGAUCUGCCUAAUUUCAAUGUAGCAACAAAAAAACUAGAAGUUAUCGACAUUCGUGGAGCUCGAAAACUGGAGUCUUACUUCGAUAGAGUUAAAGAUUGGAAAGACUAUAAAGGCAAAAACAAGAACUUCGCUCAUCUUCGGAAGCUCGAACACUUAGACUUCUCAGAGACUCAGAUCAUCCGCUUACCGAUAUUUCAUUUUAAAGAUUCUACUACCGAUUACAGCACGAUGCCAUCCUUAACCCGACUCUUGCUACGUAACUGCACAAGGCUUAAGAGAUUGCCACAACUUAAGCCUUUGACUAAUCUUUGGAUUCUUGAUGCCUCUGGUGCUACAAGCUUAGUGGAGAUGCUUGAAGUGUGUUUAGAGGAGAAGAAAGAGCUUAGGAUCCUUGAUAUUUCAAAGACAAUUCUUCCAGAGUUAGCUGACACGAUCGCUGAUGUUGUUAAUCUCAAUCAGCUUCUGUUAAGGAACUGUUCUCAGAUUGAAGAGCUUCCAAGCAUUGAGAAUCUCACGCACCUUGAGGUUUUCGACGUUUCUGGUUGCAAUAAGUUAAAGAAGAUAAAUGGAUCCUUUGGAAAGAUGUCUUACCUCCACAAAGUGAAUCUUUCGGAGACAAAUCUUGGUGAGUUACCUGACAAAAUCUCAGAGCUAUCUAACCUCAAGGAGCUUAUCAUAAAAAACUGUUCCAAGUUAAAGGCUCUUCCAAAUCUUGAAAAGCUAACAUAUCUUGAGAUCCUCGAUGUUUCGGGCUGCACCGAACUGGAGAAAAUCGAGGGAUCAUUCGAGAAUAUGUCUUAUCUUAGUGAGGUCAAUCUCUCAGGGACUAAACUAAACACGUUUCCGGAAUUGCCAAAACAGAGCAUCCUCUGUUCUUCAAAACGUAUCGCUCUCGCGAAUUCAGCGUGUUUAGAGCGAGAAGACUGGAGCCAAAUUAAGGAAUGUUUAGCAACAAAUUCAGAUGGCUCUAUCUUCUCAAAAGUAGCUCAAACAAUCCACGAAAAAGACGAGAAACUUGUUCAUCAAGGCGAUAGAUACAGAGUUCUUGAUCUUGAGGUUCCUUUAGGUAUAGAUAUCGUUGAUAUCAACAAACCAAUGAAUCUUGGUGCAGAGUUUAUAGCCAAAGCAGAGUAUGUUUCUAUUACAGAGAAUGGAUCUAGAAGCGUAUCUUCCAUCUUCGACGAGUUUCAGAUGAGAUCGGUCAAAGGUUGUUGGGUAGAGAGGUGCAAGAACAUGAAUAUUCUCUUCGAAUCAGAUGAACAACAAGAGAAAGAGAAACCAUCAUCAUCAUCAUCAUCAUUGGAGAAUCUUUGGAUAUCAAAUCUUCCAGUACUAAAAAGCUUGUACAGUAACAAGGGAGGAUUGAUCUUCAAGAACCUUAAGAAGCUAAGCAUAGAUUGUUGUCCAAGCAUCACAUGGCUCUUCCCCGAGAUUCCUGGUAACCUUGAGAUUCUACGAGUUAAGUUCUGUGAUAAGCUGGAGAGGUUGUUUGAAGAAGAAGUAGGAGAAUUAUCGAAGCUUCACAAGCUUCAGCUUCUUGAUUUGCCUGUUUUAUCGACCGUUGGAGCUAAACUCCCGAAUCUGGUGAAAUGCACGAUUGUGAAAUGUCCGAAUUUGAAAGUUGGAGAAGAUGAACUAAGGCUAGGAACAAGGGUAAAAGAAGAAAUUACAGAAGAAUAGCCUCACAAGUCUAUUGGUGUGAAACCCACACUCCUACUCAGCCCACAGAAGAAGCUAUAAGAACAGUGUACAACAUCAUCUAUCUCUGUUCUUUCAUCACACGACGAGGAUGAAGAAUCAAAAUUUCCAGUGGAAACUAAUAAUUUAUCACCACAAAUGUUGAAAUAAUGAUCACAGUCUUGAACUUUGACAGAAGAUGUAAUGCGAAAACUAUAAAAAAUGUUAACUUCGUGUUGUGUGAUUGUGUAGUGUGUUAAAAGUAAACUCUAAAAAUAAUGAAUAAAUGAACCCGUUAUUUUUGUUAAA